GUAUACCCAGCCUUGGGCAGAUAGGACGAGAGGGAGGUCAGUGUUAACAUAGUGGCAGCUGGAGCGGCUGACGCUGGCAGCUGGAGAUGCAGACCGCUCGAAUGACCCCGAGCGUGGGGCGGCAACUGCUGAGGUUAAGAGGCCGAAGCCCGCGAUCCAAUGCGCUCCUGGAGCAGCCCCGGCUUGCCUCUGCCCAUCGACCCUAUGCCAGUGGGGCCGCUCAGGCGGUUCUAGACAAGUCAGACUCCCCCUCCUCCGAUGCUUCAACCAGGGAAAAACCGGCCAAGGCGGAGUCUAAGUCCUUUGCUGUGGGGAUGUUUAAAGGCCAGCUCACCACGGAACAGGUGUUUCCAUACCCCUCUGUGCUCACAGAGGAGCAGACACAGUUUCUCAAAGAGCUGGUGGGACCUGUGGCCCGUUUCUUCCAGGAGGUGAAUGAUCCUGCCAAGAAUGACACUCUGGAGCAGGUGGAGGAAAACACUUUGCAGGGCCUCAAGGAGCUGGGGGCCUUUGGUCUGCAGGUGCCCAGUGAGCUGGGUGGUGUGGGCCUCUGCAAUACUCAGUAUGCUCGCUUGGCAGAGAUCGUGGGUAUGCAUGACCUCGGUGUGGGCGUUACCCUGGGGGCUCAUCAGAGCAUCGGUUUCAAAGGCAUCUUGCUCUUUGGCACGAAGGCCCAGAAAGAAAAAUACCUACCCAAAGUGGCAUCUGGGGAGAUGUUGGCUGCCUUCUGCCUAACCGAGCCCUCAAGUGGAUCAGAUGCAGCCUCCAUCCGAAGCUCAGCUGUGCCCAGCUCCUGUGGAAAAUAUUAUACCCUCAAUGGAAGCAAGAUUUGGAUCAGUAAUGGGGGCCUGGCAGACAUUUUCACAGUCUUUGCCAAGACACCAGUUACAGAUGCAGCCACAGGGGUCGUGAAGGAGAAGAUCACAGCUUUUGUGGUGGAAAGGAGCUUUGGCGGUGUUACCCAUGGGCCCCCCGAGAAGAAGAUGGGCAUCAAGGCCUCGAACACAGCAGAGGUGUACUUUGACGGAGUACGGGUGCCAGCAGAAAAUGUGCUGGGAGAAGUGGGGGGUGGCUUCAAAGUUGCUAUGCACAUCCUCAACAAUGGAAGGUUUGGGAUGGCUGCAACCCUGGCAGGUACCAUGAAAGCCAUCAUUGCCAAGGCGGUGGACUAUGCUGCUAAUCGUACUCAGUUUGGAGACAAAAUUCAUAACUUUGGAAUGAUCCAAGAGAAGCUGGCCCGGAUGGCUAUGCUGCAGUAUGUGACUGAGUCCAUGGCUUACAUGCUGAGUGCCAACAUGGACCAGGGAUCCACAGACUUCCAGAUAGAGGCCGCUAUCAGCAAAAUCUUUAGCUCGGAGGCAGCCUGGAAGGUGACAGAUGAGUGCAUCCAAGUCAUGGGGGGCAUGGGCUUCAUGAAGGAGCCUGGGGUAGAGCGUGUGCUCCGAGAUACUCGAAUCUUCCGGAUCUUUGAGGGGGCAAAUGACAUUCUUCGGCUGUUUGUGGCUCUGCAGGGCUGUAUGGACAAAGGCAAAGAACUCUCUGGGCUUAGCAGUGCCCUAAAGAAUCCUUUUGGGAAUGCUGGCCUCCUGCUGGGAGAGGCAGGCAAACAGCUGAGGCGGCGGGCAGGGAUGGGCAGUGGCCUGAGUCUCAGUGGAGUCAUUCACCCAGAGUUAACUCGGAGUGGUGAGUUGGCAGUGCAGGCUUUGGAGCAGUUUGCCACUGUGGUGGAAGCCAAGCUGAUAAAACACAAGAAGGGGAUUAUCAAUGAGCAGUUUCUGCUGCAGCGCCUGGCAGAUGGGGCCAUUGACCUGUAUGCCAUGGCGGUGGUUCUCUCCAGGGCUUCAAGAUCCCUGAGUGAGGGCUACCCCACAGCCCAGCAUGAAAAAAUGCUCUGUGAUAGCUGGUGUAUUGAGGCUGCAGCUCGCAUUCGGGAAAACAUGGCUGCUCUGCAGUCUGAAUCAUGGCAGCAGGAACUCUUCCGUAACUUCAAAAGCAUCUCCAAAGCCUUGGUAGAGCGGGGUGGUGUGGCCACCAGCAACCCCCUUGGCUUCUGAAUCCUCUCAGUCAUGGCCUGACCAAGUUAUGUGCCUUCUCUUGGGGCUCUGGUUCACCCUGUAGGGAGCCUUGUGUUCCCAGGACUGUGCCUGCCCUCAAGAGUACUUACUGCCUUACAAUAAAGUUUUUAAC